ACGUGGCGUACACACUGCGAGAGCGGUUGUGUUUUUUCAGAUCUACGGUCAUCUGGAAAUAAAAUAGUUAUUAAUUUUCAUAAUGCGUCCGUUAACAGACGAAGAGACGAAAACGAUGUUCGAGAAACUCUCUAAAUACAUUGGGGAGAACAUCAAGCUUCUUAUCGAUCGGCCGGAUGGGACUUACUGUUUCAGACUUCAUAAUGAUCGAGUAUAUUAUAUGAGUGAAAAAAUCCUGAAGUUGGCAACAAAUGUCUCCAGAGAUAAACUGGUAUCAGUUGGCACGUGUUUCGGAAAGUUCACGAAGACACAAAAGUUCCGCCUGCACAUCACAGCUCUCGAUUUCCUCGCACCGUAUGCUAAGUUUAAGGUGUGGGUGAAGCCGGGAUCGGAGCAAUCAUUCCUGUACGGAAACCACAUCAUGAAGUCCGGCCUGGGCAGAAUCACAGAAAACACAGACAAGUACCAGGGAGUGCUGGUGUAUUCAAUGGCUGACGUACCACUCGGUUUUGGAGUUGCAGCGAGAACAACACAGGAGUGCAGGAAAGUCGACCCCAUGGCUAUUGUGGUUUUCCAUCAGGCUGAUAUUGGAGAAUAUAUCAGAAGUGAAGAUACUCUGACAUAAGACGAUAUCAUUGCUCAGUUUGGCAUGGACGGUUCAUUACAUUCUGGCGAUUGGAUACCUUUAUUUUUUUCUUCCAUCUUAUAGGCGUGACAUGCUUUGAAUUCAAAGCAUUAUUGUCAUCAUUUUUCACCCUGUUGCCUUCUUUUCAAUGUCUAAAUACAUAUGUGAGUUUCUGUUAACCAUUUCUGUAUUAAAGAAAUACUAAA